AUGUUCACAGCGCCAUCAAAUACAUCAGCCGCAGAAAAAAAGUUCAUGUCUAAACUAGAGCCCUGGGAAGACGUGAUUGUGGGUGGUUACCUUUGUGUCAUAAGCAUAUCUGCUAUAUCCCUGAACAUCCUGGUGCUCUGCACAUGCAUAUCCAACUGGACCCGUCUCUCCAGGAACGAUCGCUACAUAGUCAACCUCGCCGUUAGCGACAGCUUGAUGCCGCUUAGUGCAUUUCCACUUACAAUAGUCUCCUCGUUUUCCCAUAAGUGGAUCUUUGAAGAUAUUGGAUGCACAACCUACGGAUUUCUGGGGUUUUACUUCGGCCUAGUCAGCAUAACGACUCUCGCCAUAAUGGCCCUGACAAGAUACAUUAAAAUUUGCCGCCCGGAUCUAAACUUAUCCACAACUUCUUGGAGCCAGACCCUACUCCUAUUUCCAUACCUUUUCUCAUUAGUUUGGUCCAUCUCUCCGCUGGCGGGCUGGGGAUCGUAUGAGGUGGAGCAUUAUGGAACAUCUUGCACACUGCAAUGGGAGGGAAAUAGAACGUUUAUAACUCUGAUGACAUUUGCUAUGUGCUGGGGCUUCCUGAUCUGCUGGAUGCCAUACGCCAUUGUAUCCAUGUGGACAGCCUAUGGAAACGGAUCGUACAUUCCUAUCAGAAUGACACUUAUCUCGGUGCUACUCGCCAAAUCAUCGACUAUCGUUAACCCCAUAUUGUACUUUGUACUGAACAGCAAAUUUAGGCCUAUGUUAAUCAAAACGUUCUAUACAGAACAAAGCAAAAAGACUACACAAUGUGACAAUAACUGUUCUGUAAACCAAGAAGUUAACAUAAGCACACAAGAGAAUGAUGUUUUGACGGAAUCCCCUCAGGGUAACCCAGAAGGAAAUGAGAUUGGACGGAGUUCCGUCUUUCCUCAGAAUGAAUCAGAUUUUCCUCAGAAUAGUUCCGAUAAAACAGUUGACGUUUUGUUAUGA